AGAUGGACGCCUGGUUGGAGCUGUUGUGCCUCAGAUUGUUCCGGAGCACUACUUCCCAACUGGUUUAUCGCAAUCCCAGCCGAUUGUUAUUCCAGCGCUUCCAAUCAAUCAGCCCAUACUCAACAAAUACUUGACUACAGGAAAAACAGCUGCAGUCCGGAAUGUCUGCCACUCCUCCAACUCCACCUGCACCCACGGCUGCAGCUUCCGCCGGAAAGGGUCUUCACUCCAGGGCGUAUAAUGGACUUAUCCAGGCCUGCGACAAGUAUGUGCCCCCCAAGAUGCGACCCUUGUGGAUGCACCCAGCAGGCCCCAAGACGAUAUUCUUCUGGGCUCCAAUCGUUAAGUGGAGCCUCGUUAUCGCGGGUCUCAGUGACUUGACGCGUCCUGCGGACAAGAUUUCGCCCAACGGAUGUCUGGCUCUUGGGGCAACGAACCUCAUCUGGACGCGCUACUCCCUGGUGAUCAUUCCCAAGAACUACAGCUUGUUCGCGGUUAAUCUCUUCGUGAGUCUGACGCAGCUCUUCCAACUGGGCAGGUACUACAACUACCAGUGGGAGCAGUCGAAGCUGGAGAAGAAUGGCGAGCAAUGCCCGGCUAUUGAAGCUAGUUUGUAGUAGACCAAUUUGUGCAUUUCCAUCGAUUUAGUCCAAAUAAAAACAAAAUUUUUAAAUUUUAA